UCAAAUCCCUCGCUCUCACGUGACGUCGACGCCGACGAGAAAGAGCUCCUUCAAGAACCCUAACAAGCAACAAGAUCGAUAUACGAAAAAAAAGAGAGGCAUUUUUAUCCUCGAUUUCCCUUCGUCUCCACACUCCUCUUCUGCCUUUGCGGUCGGGAUCGAGACCAUGUCCUCGCGGUCCCAGAUGAGGCCCCCCGUGCCCGCCCACCCGGCCGCAACUCGAAGCCCUUCAAGCAAGAAGGAGAAUCUGGACGAGGCGACGCCCAUUGACAAGCGGAGGGUCGCGGCCCUUGGAAAGAUGGCUGGUCCUAAUCACAGCCCCCGCGUGCCGCGGCAGGUGCUUUCCUCCGUCAAUGCCGGCUCAACCACUGGAGAUCAGAAUAACUCGUGCUCGGAUGCUGGGAGCACUGCGGGGAUCGAGUUUGGGUCAAGGGAGGAUGUGGAGACGUUGCUGCGCGAGAAGAUGAAAGGAAAGAACAAGAACGAUUUCAAGGGAAAGAGUGAACAGAUGACGGAGUACAUUAAAAAGCUUCGAAUUUGCAUCAGAUGGUACAUGGAGCUUGAAGAUGACUACUUGGCAGAGCAAGAAAAACUUCGAAAUGAGUUGGAUUCUGAAGAGAAAAGGCACAGAGUGAUAGAAACUGACAUGAGGGCUACAAUUGAUCAAAUAGAAUCGGCUUUCAAGGAGCUUCAAAUCAUGCAUUCUAAUUUGCAGGAUGGCUUCAGAAAGGAAGAAACUGAUAGAUUGACUGCUGUUAAAUUUUAUGAAAAUGAAAGGAAAACAAGGGUUGAAAUUGAGACAUCUCGAGAUACUAUAUCCAAAGAUUUAGAAAAGAUUACCCAAGAGAAGAAAUGUGUCAGUGACCAGUUAAAAAUGCUUCAAGAAACUAAUAGGAGAUUGCAAGAAUACAAUGCCAGUUUGCAACAGUACAACAGUAAUCUUCAAAAUGAGGCCAAUAAAAAUGGUGAAACAAUCUCAAGAUUACAUAAAGAGAAGAGUGCCAUAAUGGAAAGCCUAACUAGUACAAGGGAGCAUGCAAGUUCACUCAAAAACCAACUUGAUUCUUCUCGGUCUUCUCAGCAAGAUGCUGUCAAGCAAAAAGACGAGUUAAAAAAGGAGAUCAGUUUUAUUAGAACAGAGUUUCAGCAAGUGCGAGAUGACCGCGAUCAUUUAUUGGCACAAGUGCAAAGUUUGACCAUGGAAGUUGCUGAAUACAAAGAAAUUAGUGGAAAAUCUUCAAAAUCAUUAGAAACAAUAACGGCAAGGGCUGCUCUUCUUGAGGAGGCAUGCUUUUCUCAAAGUGGAGAAAUUAAACUCUUGCGACAACAACUUACUUUUUCCAAUGAGAAAUUGAAGAGAGCCGACUUGACAGCUAUUGAGGUGAUAUCAGAAUAUGAAGAGCAGCAGAAAACUGUUAUUGAUUUGCAAGAUCGCCUUGUAAAUGCAGAGCUACAAAUAGUGGAAGCAGAAAAGAUACGAAAAAAGUUGCAUAACACCAUAUUGGAACUUAAAGGAAAUAUUCGCGUAUUCUGUAGAGUUCGUCCUCUUUUACAUGAUACUGAAUUGGGCGGUACAGACGGAUCUGUUGUUUCUUAUCCAACAUCCAUUGAAUCUCUUGGAAGUGGGAUUGACAUGACAAAUAAUGCCCAAAUGUACUCCUUCACUUUUGACAAAGUAUUCAAUCAGGGAGCUUCUCAAGGAGAAGUUUUUGAAGAAAUAUCUCAGCUAAUUCAGAGUGCACUUGAUGGCUACAAGGUUUGCAUAUUUGCUUAUGGGCAAACUGGUUCUGGCAAAACUUAUACCAUGAUGGGCAAUACUGAAUGCCCUGAACAGAAAGGACUUAUUCCAAGAUCCCUGGAGCAAAUUUUUCAGACUAGUCAAUCUCUACAAUCUCAAGGUUGGAAAUACAAAAUGCAGGCUUCCAUGUUGGAAAUCUAUAAUGAAACAGUUCGUGAUUUGCUAUCACCUAGCCGACCUACUAGUGUAGAUACAAGUGGUGGCCUGACCAAGCAGUAUUCAAUCAAGCAUGACAGUAAUGGAAAUGCGGUUGUGUCUGAUCUUACUAUUGUUAAUGUUUGUAGCAGUGAGCAUGUCUCAUUUCUCCUUCAACAGGCUUCAAUGAACAGGUCUGUGGGUAAGACCCAAAUGAAUGAGCAAUCUUCAAGAAGCCAUUUUGUCUUCACUUUAAAAAUUGUUGGUGUGAAUGAGAGAACAGAACAACAAAUUGAAGGUAUAUUAAACUUAAUUGAUCUUGCUGGAAGUGAACGUCUUGCCAAAAGUGGUUCUACUGGGGAUCGUCUAAAGGAAACUCAGGCAAUCAACAAAAGCUUGUCAGCCUUAAGCGAUGUGAUAUUUUCAAUUGCAAAGAAAGAAGAUCAUGUGCCUUUCCGGAACUCAAAGUUAACAUAUCUUCUACAGCCUUGUCUUGGCGGAGAUUCAAAGACAUUGAUGUUCGUCAACAUAUCACCAGAAGCUACUUCAGUCGGCGAAUCCCUUUGUUCACUUCGAUUUGCUGCCCGAGUUAACUCAUGCGAGAUCGGAAUUCCGCGGCGACAAACCCAGACAUGAUAUUCUGACUAGUGAUUGAUCACCGGCUGAGCACACCAGCAAAUGACCAUGGCAAUUACUCUGAGCUGAUCUAUUGCGGCAACCAUUACGAAAUAUGUAACGGCUACUUGGCUCUGGUUGAAUAGGGUGGGAAAGUGUUAGGAGAAAGGUAUAUAAAUUGAGAUUUAUAAAUUUAGGAAAUCAAUCGAUCAUGUGUAGGAUCCCAAACUGUAACUUGAAAAAUCUUCCACUGUUAAAUUUGCUGGUUCUUCAAACAUGUUUUUGGUAUCCUCUGAAGUCUGAAAAAGACUUUGGCGUAAGGCACAGUCAA